AUGGCUCCUAAGCCUAAGUUACGCUACGCAAGGCUGGCGCUCGACCAGCCAGCAGCAGCAACAGAGUGGCGGAAUGGGCGGUGGAGUAAUGGGCGGCGGAGGGAGCGGCGAGGAAUGGGCGGCGGCGGAAUGGGCGGUGGAGGAAUGGGCGGCGGAGGGAUGGGCGGCGGAGGAAUGGGCGGCGGCGGAAUGGGCGGCGGCGGUGGAAUGGGCGGCGGAGGAAUGGGUGGCGGAGGGAUGGGCGGCGGAGGGAUGGGCGGCGGAGGGAUGGGCGGCGGUGGAAUGGGCGGCGGCGGAACGGGCGACGGCGGAAUGGGUGGCGGAGGGAUGGGCGGCGAUGGAAUGGGCAGCGGCGGAAUGGGAGGUGGCGGAAUGGGUGGCGGAGGUACCGGAGGCGGAAUGGGAGGUGGCAUGGGCGGACUUGGUUCCUCUGCUCCCGGAUCACAAUCGGCCAUGGGUCCUGGGGGGAACAUGGGCGGAAUCAUGGGUGGCGGUAUAGGCGGCGGAGGAAUGGGCGGCGGAGGAAUGGACGGCGGAGGAAUGGGCGGCGGAGGAAUGGGAGGGGGAGGCAUGGGCGGCGGCGGAAAGGGCGGCAGCGGCAUGGCUGGCGGCGGAAUGGGUGGCGGCGGCAUGGGUGGCGGCGGAAUGAGCGGUGGUGGAAUGGGCGGCGGAGGAAUGGGAGGGGGAGGCGUGGGUGGCGGCAGAAUGGUUGGUGGUGGAAUGGGCGGCGGCGGAAUGGGCGGCGGCGGCAUGGGUGGCGGCGGAAUGGACGGGGGCGGAAUGGGCGGUGGCGGCGGCAUGGCCGGAGGCGGAACGGGCGGGGGCAUGGGCAGACCUGGUUCCUCUGCUCCUGGAUUGCAAUCAGCCAUGGGUCCUGGGGGGAACAUGGGCAGCGGAGGAAUGAGGGGCGGCGGAAUGGGAGGCAGAGGCAUGGGCGGCGGAACAGGCGGCGGAGGCAUGGGUGGCGGAGGUAUGGGCAGCGGAGGUACGGGCGGCGGAGGUACGGGCGGGUCAGGGUGGUUUGCUCCACGGUCGCAGGCAGCACCCGGCCAGGGUGGACCUGGGAUGGGCGGAGGGAUGGGCGGAGGGAUGGGCGGGGGGAUGGGCGGAGGGAUGGGCGGGGGGAUGGGUGGGGGGAUGGGCGGAGGGAUGGGCGGAGGGCUGGGCGGGGGGAUGGGCGGAGGGAUGGGCGGAGGGAUGGGCGGGGGGAUGGGCAGAGGGUGUCGAGAGUAA